CAAAAGGGCGAGAUGCCCCGAAUUUGACAGCUUAUGUGAAAAUCGAUUAUCCAGCAUAUGAUAAUAAUAAUGAUAAUAACACCACAGUCUGAUCUUUUAUAUUAAGAAGGUACAAGUUCGAAUAAUUUGAUUGAUUAAGACACUGGAGACAGAGUAACCAUGUCUACAAGCAGUAACUUGGUGGUGCCAGUGGUGCUGUGGGGAAGGAAGCCACCUACUCACUGUAUUGCUGCAAUACUGAUGACACCUGAUCAGAGGAACAUUAUAACGGGAUGUAAUGACGGACAGAUUGGAAUUUGGGAUGUAACUGAGAACUCUCAGAUAUACCCGCGUAGUAUGCUGUUUGGUCAUACUGCUGCUAUUAGCUGUCUCGCACUAGGAAGUGAAAAAACUGACACACCAUACAUUGUCAGUGCUUCAGAAAAUGGAGAGAUGUGCUUAUGGGACAUAAGUGAUGGAAGAUGUGUUGAAAAUACAAAGAUGCCCCACAUCCAUACCUGUAUGCAGGCCUAUCACUUUCAAGUGUCCAAAGAUGUUCGCUUGGUUUGUAAUGGAUACUAUCCGGAAAUCUUCAUCAUCAAUCCUAACUCCCUGGAGAUCCUGUACACGCUUACUUCUAAAGUAGCACCAGACUGGAUCAGUGCAUGCUGUAUUCUUCACCCGGUCACUAAAGAUGGACAGUCAAUUUGCAAAGAUGAUGUUGUAGUAGCCAUAUCCAAUUCUGGAGCUGUCAAAGUUUGGACUCUUACUGGAAAUGAAAUCAUGACACAGCCUGUUUACGAAAAUGAAUCUAAGCAGAUCCGCUGUUUAAAUGCCCAGACCUUGACUUGUUGUUCCUAUAAUCAGAGAACUGUUCUUAUUGUCUGCUCAAAGUACUGGCAGAUUUACGAUGCUGGAGACUUCACACUGUUAUGUUCAGAGUCCAAUCGGUGUGGAGAGAGAUGGUCAGGUGGUGAUUUCAUCAGUGUAGACAAAGUCAUUGUCUGGAGUAAUGAGGGAAAAGGUUACCUGUACAAAUUACCUGUCAGUUUGCUUAAGGGAAAAGUAUUGGAAAGUGCAAACUCUGAGAGCGUUGAAUACCGCAAGCCCUCUCACCAGACUUCUCCUCAUGCAUACUACAUCUUGGACAUGUUUUCUGAGUCAUCAAUGGCCUGUGCCCCUGCCAUGACAUUCCAUAUUGGUAAAAGUGACAGACCAACUCGAUUUCUGUUGAGAGGAGACUCUGAGGGACAGAUUGUGAUGUGGACGCUUCCUGAGGUCACUGAACGCCAGAUGACCUUGGUGCGACAGGAGAGCUUUGAUAGAUUACCAGCAUUGCCUCCCAGAUGCAGCACUUCAUUGGCUGAUAUUUGGGAAAAUCUACGUCACCCCCCUGCUGGCAUCAUUGAUGGACUGUGCGAUGAAAAUAACCAGCCGUUAGCCAUUACUUCAACUAUAUACAUUCCGUCGCAAGGCAAAGUGGCAUGUGGGAGGCAGAAUGGGUCCAUUGUAAUAGCACCUGCCUCCCAGAGUAUCAUCCUGCAGCUUCUGGAAACGGAGGAGCUCAAGCAUAAAGAUGUUCCAGUAAAGAUUUUACAUGGGCACCAUGGUUGUGUGACCAGUCUGUUGUACCCCUUCAAUGAGAGCACACGAUAUGAGCCCCAGCACUUGCUGUCGGGUGGAGCAGACUUCUCUGUCAUGCUGUGGGAUAUUUACACUGGAUGUAAACUUCACACCUUUACAGUCCACGGAGGGGAGAUAACUCAGUUACUGUGUCCACCAAACAAUUGUAAUUCUCGAAUCCUUCCCUGUGUGUGUUCUGUGGCCAGUGACCACUCCGUGACCCUGCUGAGUUUGAGGGAGAGGAAGUGUAUUAUGCUGGCUGGACGACAUCUGUUCCCUGUACAAACCAUCAAGUGGAGACCGCUAGACGAUUUCAUGGUGGUCAGCUGUUCUGAUGGCACUGUCUAUGUGUGGCAAAUGGAAACAGGUCAUCUGGAUAGAGUUAUUCAUGGAAUAACAGCAGAAGAAAUCCUGAACAACUGUGAUGAGAAUGCAACCCCCAUGGAGAGCCUUGUUAAUCCAAAUAUAACUCUGACCCAAGCCCUUAAACGACGUAACCUUGCAACCUUUAAAAAUCUUGCCCAGCAAAAGUUGCAGAUCCAAACAGGGACAGUCCAGCAGUCGUCAUCCCACAGGAAUGACUAUCUCAAACAGCAGACGUAUCCAAUGUUCAUACAGGGCAUCCGAGCCAAUCUGAAAGACCCAGACAUUCACAUUCUCUUCUUUGAUACAGAGUCUCUGAUUGUCCAACUGCUGACAGAAGAGUAUUCCACAAUGUCUCCUGGAGAAUUGGAGGCCAAGGGCUUUAUGCCAUAUGCAGACCAGCCGGACCAUGGAGGCUUUCAAGGUAUGAUGUUAAAGAUAAAAGAGAAAGCAGAAGCAGUUACCGGAGGGCAGAGAAGUCCCUCGCGGUCAGAAUCCAGUUCUCGUGGAGGGUCUCCUGCCCACGCCGCCUCCCCCACCCACAAAUCAGUCACUAACUUGGACAGAAGCCUCACUCUGGAUAUAGCCCAACUAUUCCUCUCCUGUCUUCAUGCCUGGGGACUGGACCCAGACCUAGAUAAAUUAUGUAUCAAUAAACUAGGACUCUUGCAGCCCAGGUGCCCAAUAGCCUUUGGACUAAUUUCACGCAGUGGUCACAUGUCUUUAAUGCUGCCUGGAUGGCACAAACGUUUCUGCCAAGAGGAGAUAAUGGAAAAGAUGACCAAGGACUUUGCACCUCCUCCUGGCAAAGUGACCCUGAUACAGCAGGCCCGGUCAGCUUCCAGUGGUCAGUUUGAUAAGAAGUCCCUGGCACUGGCCCAGAGACAUGGUUUAGUACAGUCAGAUUACACAGACAGUGACCAGGAUAGUGACUCGAGCAGUAGGAAAGAUGUGCCCCAGAGACAGUCAGAUGCCAUCCUCAAUGAAAUGAAGGCUUUUUCGAUGAAGGCUCGAUGGCAAAUUUCCAGUGCAGUUACAACUAAUCAUUUGUUGUCUAUAAUCUCAACAGCAAAUACUCUGAUGAGUAUGAGUCAUGCGACCUUUGUGACAGAGAAGACAAGAAAAAAGAGAAGAGGGAGUAAAAAAAGAUUCACAGGACACCUUGGACUAGUGGUGGCCGAGUCCUUUGAUAGUCCCAGCACCAGUGAUGAUGAGACAGAUGCUAUGAUGAUGCAACAGUCUCAGAUUAAGCAGGGAUGGAGUCUGAAAGCUGCACUGCAUUGUGUGUUACUGCCAGAAAUGGUGGGGCCAGAUUACCUCAAAUCACCUCAGCUGGAGAUGUUAGCCAGGAGGUGGCAAGAUAGGUGUUUAGAAAUCCGUGAAGCAGCUCAGGCUUUGCUGUUAGCUGAAUUAAGAAGAAUUGGCCCAGCCGGAAGAAAGGAAAUUUUAGACCAGUGGUCUCCCUUCCUGCCCACCUACGUGGAUCCUCAGCUCAGUUUGAUGAAUGCAGAGACAUUGCAGAAGAAUGAGGAUGGUGAUGAUGAUGAAGACGAGGAGGAUCCAAUGAUAAAUGAUACACCAAUUCAAAAAUCUUCAUCAUCAUUUGAAAGCAGAAGAAAGCAGGCCACUGCUAUUGUUAUGCUGGGAGUUAUCGGUGCUGAAUUUGGACAUGAGAUUGAACCCAGUCGACGAAAACUGGAGGAUAUUAAGAAAGGCAAAAAAUCAGCACAGGAGGGAUUUACCUUAAAAAAUUAUUCUCUUGCCAGACAUACAAGUAAAGCCUUGACAUUCCUUUUACAACAACCUCCAAGCAAAAAACUGCCAGCGUACACUCCGAUUCGCAGGGCUGCCAUUGAUUUGAUUGGUCGAGGGUUCACUGUGUGGGAGCCAUACUUGGAUGUUUCUGCUGUUUUGCUAGGAUUACUAGAACUUUGUACAGAUUCAGACCGCUUAGUGCCAAGUAUGGUGUAUGGUCUUCCUCUGACACCAGUCGCUGAUGUGUGUCGAACGGCCAGGCAUGCCCUGUCUCUAAUAGCCACCGCCAGACCCCCAGCUUUUAUCAUCACAAUGGCUAAGGAAGUAGCUCGCUUCAAUGCCCUUGCUCAAGCUGCUCAGACUCAACACUCGACGAUCAUGAGCUCAGUGCUGAUCAGAGGGAAGUCUGAAAUACUUAAGACUAUAGAACUGCUGGUGGAGAAGAUGCCCAGCGAUGUGGCCGACCAACUGGUGGAGGCUAUGGAUGUUACCAUACACUGUCUAGACAUCAACCACAUGAAGACAAAAGGCUUGCAGGAAUUAUUCCCUACAAUAUGCAGGUUCAGUAUGGUGUGCAUGUGUCCAGUCACCAAGCGAGUGUGGGUGGGAGCCAAGAAUGGAGGCUUGGCAUUUUAUGAUCUGAAGCAGCAUUCCAAGUGUCAGAUGAUUCAAGCCCACUCUGGUCCAGUGAUUGCAGUUUCUGUUUCAUCAGAUGGCAAGUUUUUGGUAACAUACUCUCAUGUGGACAGCAGAUUAAAAUUUUGGCAGACUGCCUCCUCUUCGCUGUUUGGAAUUGGGUCACAACAGACAAAAUGUGUCAAACAGACUGCCACUCCUCCCAUACCCAUGACUAACACGACCAACUUACUGAAACUUGUCCGCCUGGUGUGGGUAGACAACCGCUGUAUUGUCAUGCUGACUGUGGAUGGAAAGGAGCAGAAGUACAGUGUGUGACAGGGAUGAGAUCACUGUGUUCAUUUAGAACAGUGUGACAGACAGAGACAAGAUGAGAUCACCAAGUGAUGUGGUAACUUAUUAUAAAAAGUCAUAUUAUUUGAUGUGUUAAUAUGAAGAGCACGUAUCCUGAGGAUUAAGGGUAAUGACAGUUGCUGGGAGGAAAAUUAGCAAAGUACAAGUCUAGAGAGGAUUUUUGAGAUCAGAAAAGGGCACAUCAAUGAAAAUUGGAUCAAUGUUGUAGGAUUUUAUAUUUCAUAAAACAACUUGCAUGGUUGACAUUAAGAUAAUUGAAGUGAAAGAUGAUAAAGAGCUGGGUACAAUAAGUAGCACAUUGGCCCUGUCCACACAUAAAAAAUAAAGUAAUGUUAUCAUUAUUUUAUUAGUCCAAAUAAUUUGUUAAGACCUACUGUGUAUGAAAAAUGCAUGUGCGUCUUAUAAAUCUUAACAGAGGUCAGAAUAGUAGCAAUAUGCUCAGGUCUUAACUCUUUCUUUAAAAUUAAAGUCAAAACUGAAGACCAACACCUUAAAUGGGCAUGGACAUUUUCAAAUUUUAUUAUUUCAUUUUCCCAUUUUUAAUGUUAACAAUGCUUAACUAAGGUAUUUCUAAUUGUCAGCAAAAAUUUGAAUGCCAGUUGUUGAGUUACAAGUGAGAUACAGCACACCCAGUUCUUUAUUAUGUAAACAAGGCUCGUGCCAUGUUUUUGUUUACAUAUAGAUUGCUUAAUGCAAAAUUUCAUGUUUAAAACAAAAUGACAUGACAAACAUUAGAAACUGCUUAAUUGUGUUCAAAAUGAACUUGUAAAUUUAAAAAAAUUCUGCUUUAACUGAAACCUUGACUAGUAUAUCUAACCUAUGUAAACAAAAACAUGGCAAGAUCCUUGUUUACAUAUCAAAGAAUUGUGAGCUCUGUAUCUCUCUUGUAACUUGACAACUGAUAAUUAAAUUUUUGCUGACCAUUAGAAAUACCUUAGUUAAGCAUUGUAAACAUUCAAAAUGAAAAAAUAAAGUUUGGAAAUUUUCAGCUUAAAUUGUGUCCAUGUUCCUUUAAGUUGCAGAACAUUUUCACGAGUGGAUACCACAUGAUAUUCAGUAGGGUUUGAGUCCAAAUUUCAAAUUGAGCAAAAUUGUAAAGUUCCUCAGUGUUAUGCUUGCAAAAUAAGAUAAUAUUUGAAUAAAAAUAGUACUUAAUAUUCCAAAUACAUGUACAGUGUAUUUAUAUUUGAUAGUUAAACACACACCCAGUUGUAUGAGUACAAGAAAAGAUAUAUAUUGUAUAAUACAUGUAUACAAUUUGUCUCCAUGAAAUGUGGGCCCCAUUAGAGACUGGAAAGGGUGAACAAUUCUAAAGGGUCGGUGAAUAUGUAGAAUGUAUCUGUUCCUCGUGUCCUUGUGUGAUGUACAUGUAUUGUGUAAGUGAAAUUGUAAUAAGUUGGUGUUUGUAUUAGUAUUCCUGUAAGACAUAUUUUGUGUCAUUUAUGUGUAUUUUUUAGAAACAUGAUUUUCCUUAUAAGCUGUGAUACAUUAUUGUUAUGGAAUAGUAGACUCAACAUUAUUUACAUAUACUGUUACAUACACUAUGUGUUUAACAGACUUCAGGUAUGUAGAGAAAUUCUCUUAACUACUUCAGAUGCUUUUUUCUCCCCGACAGUGCGAUGUGUUGACUUCUGUUAGUGGAUUGAAAUCUAGUCGGCUUACAUCUUGUAUAGUGUCAGUCAAUCGAAUUAUAAAUUUCUGGAAACAAAAUGAAAGUGCAAUAAAAUAUACCACAAAAA